UCCAGACGGACAACUUGGAUUACUCUGGGUGGAUACAUGGACUUUAUGGAUAACAAGCCAUGCAGUGGGAUUUCCCUCAGUUGAGGGUCUUACUGGAGUUUUACGCCGUGAAAACUCUCCCAGGGGAUUAACGGAGGACCUUUGCACCGGUUUUGAGGAGGCUUUUGCAGAGUUGAGAAAUGCGUUAAACAAGCCGAAAUGUUAAUACCCGACCUGUGCUUACCUGAAGUCAUCACUUGAAAGAUAGCUCCACAUGCAAUGCGAUCUGGAUGUCCCCACAGUGAAGCAGGGGCCUAUCCUGCGUUCCAGCACCAGAGUGAUGAUGGUGUUCUCGCAUCACCUCAGGACAACAACACCACACCUGUACCAGUGAUUGACCCUGCAAAUGGAAUACAAAAAAACAUAGCAGCCACUCAAUAUCCUUGGGACCUCAGAGUGUCUUACAUUCCUGGUCAGUGGCAUCAAGGCAAAACACAACUGCAACAAAAUCUCCAGGGACUCCGCCAAAUGGAGACACAGUCAAGCAUAACAAGCACUGAAUUCCAGUACCCAAAACCCAGGAGCCCUCAGAACAGUCUCUACAAAAUAAGGAGAAAAGCAAAUACUAAUGCUGCGUCUGAGAACAAAAAGCAGAGAUCUCGCUCAUUGCUGGUUGCCUUACUGGAAAGAAAUUAUCAAGAGUUUGAAUCCUGUUUUACUAACCCCUCAUCUUCUUCAGAAGAAACAAGUACUUGUACUAAUUUGUCAGGUGAAAUACACUGCAAGAGUCAGCAAGUGAGAAGUCCACCAGCUGUGCUGAAUGGUGGAAAGACUAGAACACAAAACCUGCAUCAUUCAGGAGGAACUCAUGCCAACCCCCAGCAGCAGCAGGUCUCCUCUCUCAGCAGGCGGCCAUCCACAGACAAAGUCUUGCCAGUUGGAGAAAUGGUACCUCCUACAGAUGACCAAAUACAGAACCAUAUUGCAAAAAAGGUUGCCCAUUUUCGGGCCAGUUUAACCCAGCAAAACAGAAAUGAUGGACACACAUUCUCCGGUGAGGGAUGGGAUUUUUCCGCUAAUAUCAGGGACUCUACACCCCAGUCUGACUCCAUCCAGUCGAACAGUGUUGCUCAUUUCCCAACAACCUCUGCCUCAGACAGAGUUGUGAAGAGGCAAAGUCUCGGUUGUGCAGUGGUUAAACGGUGGACUGCUACACUUGGACAAGCACUUAAAGAGGACAGCUCAAGGGGCAGCAGAGCAAAUGCAGAGUUAACUCCGAGUUCUAAAGAGACGAGUGAUUGUGCUACAUUUACAUCAAAGAAACCUUCAACAGGUACACUUGCCUCUGAUAUAAGAAACUCAAAACAUGCUCCUAAGACUGAAUCUGGUGUCAUGCCUGGUGUUUCUUUGGUUCUCAAACACACAACAGAGAGGGGAAAAGGAGAUACGAGCCUAAAACCAGUGGAGGCAGGAGGGUUGAACAAUGUGGAAGGUGUGACUGAUGUCUCAGAGAUUCAUCAAUCCAAGUCAAGUUCAGUGGUACCUAGAAAGAAAACAUUUGAACACACAUCACUCACUGAAAAUCAAGAUGGAAAUACAAAACAAGUAAAAAACACUGAAGCACAGCAAUGCAGUGUUACCCGUAAGGAAGUGGCCGCACAUUCCAAGCAGGUUCGUAACGUGGUCUCAACUCCUACAAAUCAAAGUGAACGUCUGUGCAACCACACAAUUGUUGAAUGUGUGAAGGAUGACGUGGGUUCUGUGCAUUUACAAACUGAUGUAAGUGUAGCAAUUUCUACAAAAGACAAAGAAGAGGCAGCACUGUGUAAAAGUAAGGGCGGGGAAGCACUCUUUGUGAACAUUGUAAAAAAUCCACAAUAUGAAGACAUUUCAGAUGAUGAAGACAGGCCACAGCUGUCCGCAAAACUCCCAGACACAGAGCACAAGGAAUUACGUUUUUCAUCAUAUUUUGAAGAAUUUCAGUAUGAAGAUAUAAGUGAAGAUGAAAAUCCACAGAUUGAGAAUGUGGCUGUGAAGAGGCCUUCACUGACACAACUACCUGAAACAAAUGAUAAACAGUUAUCAUUUGAAAGCCAUGGCCAUGUACAGGGUCAGGCUCUGACGAAGACAGAAAUGAUCUCAGAUGAGGAACUGAUUCCAAAGAAGGUUUCACAAGAGAUGGGAACACUUGAUACGACACAUUACUCUUCUCUAUGUUUUGUUGAAACUGCUGAUGGUUUUGAAGAUCUUAUACAUCCUAAAUAUGAUAGUAAGAGACAUGUGAGAUGGCAACCAAACCACUCCAAUUCAUGUAGUCCUUCCUCUCCUUUGAAAGACGAGACUGAUGAUCAGGUGGAUGAUGACUGGCUAGUCAUUCCUUUAAGCAUGUCUGACCUUAAAUUUGAACCAGAAGAUGAGGAGCAGGACCGCCCAGAAAAUGUUGUCCCAGAUGAUGGUGAAACUGAAGACAAGCAAACACAGUGUCACACAUAUCAAGUACCAGCUUCUCCUUCUUCCCAGAUGGAGGUGUUUGACACAAUCGAGAGCUUUCUACAAGCAAAAAAUUUACAAUUUAAGAAUAGAUUUGAGGUGGCAUCAGGCUGGAGCACAACCGAACAUGAACUAGACUCUAAGGGAGAACCACAUACACCUCAAAACCGGAGAGAGUCAUACUCCGACACUGAAGACAGCUGUGAAACUGAGGACAGUUGUGAUUACUCAUCUGGAUCAGAACGCAACUAUUUGACUGUGCCCAGGCAGUUGUUGAAGAGGCCAGCAACUCUGCCCCCAGAGACAGAUGAGUCUGUGUCUAAAGAGGAUGAAAAUGAGGUUGCCAAUGUGCAAAAAGGUCAAACCAGGAGCCUGAAAAAGUCGGGCUUGCAGAAACUUAGACAGCUGAUUCAAGACAAUGCUGCCUCAAAGCAUGUUCAACAUAAGACCAACGGCCAAAAUAUGUCAAAAAAGGAUGAAAUAAUUAUCCUCGAUUCUGACACCGAGGAUGAAAGUGAGCAAAACAGCAAAGAGAAGGCAAAAAGGAAGAGGUCAUUCUCUUCAGGCUCGGACGGCAGUGGAGAAGCCAAAUGUUAUCAAAAAAAGAGACGUUCACCUGAAACUGUGGACAGUGCGCGUGGGACUGUUAAAGAACAGUUUGAAAAAGACAGACUGACACCUGCAGACGCACCAGUGCCACAGCAACAGUUGACACUUCACGACACGCGUUUUAAAGAAGUGAUGCAGGAUGUACUCUCUGAGUGGUCACACAGUUCAGAAAAGAGUGGACAACUGAUUGAAACCAAAGGGGACUCUGAGCAUGUUCAGCAUAGCAGACAAAAGAUGUCAACCACAGAAAGUGUAAUAAUCAUUGACUCUGACACAGAGGAUGACGUUGACCAAAGCUACAAAAAGGUUAACCAGAAGAGACAGUUCUCUUCAGUGUCAGCAGAUGGUGCCUCAUGUGUUCACCAAAAGAUAAAUUCACCUGAAUCUGUGGACAAUGAAUAUGAAAGUGCUGAACAAACUGCCAACAGAAAGACUAAAAGCCCCAGACUGUCAUCUGAAGACUUGCCAAAGAAGCCACCCCAGUCUGUGGGCAAGGAGACAGGAACCAUCAAAAAUACUGUCUGUGAAAAGAAUACACAAAAUUUGCAUCGAAAUGGAAAAAGAAGGUUUAUGUCCAAGCCAAAACCUGCAAAUGGUAGACAUCAUUCUACAAAGAAUAUGAUUCAGACCAGUGCAGUAAAACCAGGACUGAUUUCAAGACAACACUUGUUGCCUUGCCAGGAAGGCCCAUCCACUUCCAUCGGUAGCUUGUCUUCCACAAGUGGACAAACUUCUGAAGCCAGACUAAACUCUGCCUCCCGUAGAGGCAUGUCUCAGUCUGGAGAAACCUCCAACCCUUGUGGCCUUCCUAAGUCAAAGCAGAGCACAUCUACUCCCAGACCACAUUUGUCCUCAUCCAAGCUGCAGCUGUCUCGCUCUGUGAGCAACCCCCCAACACUAAAUUAUUCUUGCACUCACCCAAAAGGCCCAACAUCUUCUGCAACCAUGCAGUCAUCUGCAAGGGAACAUGUGAACAAUAACUGGAAGAACAGCUUUUUCCCAACCAGGAGAGACAGAAGAAGUAACCUGGAGAACUUGAGAACCAGUCAUUAUGAUUCAAGGAGUGAUGCUAGACAAGGACCUAGUCACUGUGACAGGGCACCCAGACAGAGACACAACUCCCACAAUACUGCAGCCCCCCUGAUGAGGAAGACCAAGCCUGUUGCCAUAGAAUUGACAAGGGCCAGAAUUCGGGAUGCUCCAAGGAAACAAUGGUACUCUGUGGGUGAUGGUUACAAGUGGUCAGAGAAGCCAACAGUGGCUAAGCCAACAAAAGGUUCCGACAGGUAGGGGAAGAAAUGUAUGACCCCUCCAAGACCCCAUCUUUGAGGGAAAAGGUGCCUGUGUUUCACUCCCAGAGGGUCAGGUGUUCCAUGCCUGAAACCAGCUGUUCCUGUUGUUGUAGUUGAUUCUAGCUUUGAUUUUCCAAAGCAUUUGUGUAUAGUUCCAUGACGGACUACCUUGUACCUAUAUCCUAAAACUGAAUAUUCUGUAUUUUAACUGCCUGUAUGUAGACACACUGUAAACAUAUUAAUAUGAGCGGUUUGUAUUCUUUUUACCAGCUACCUCAGUGUGUAAAAAUGCAACAUUAAGCUCUUUGAUUGUUUUUUAUAUGUACGUCACUGUCUUUCCUCUUUUUAAGUUGACAGUUUUUAUUCUUUGAAAACUCAGCACUGAUUUCUUAUGGGUAAUGUCACAUUCGUCUUUAAAUAGUUGAUGUUGAAAAUGUAAAAUAUUUGAUGAAUGCUUUGUUGUUAAGCUCAUGUGUACCACUAGAGGGAGCCAUUGCAAUAUAUAUUAGAUUUAAUUGUUGGUCUCAUUUUAAUUAUGCACACUUUAGCCUGUGUUAAACCAUGUACUUUGAGAUUUUGUCAUCUGAACAUUAUCAGUAGUGGCAGUACCUGUAUUGUUACUCUCACCAUGAUUACAUGUUAACUUGGCAGCUGGGAAAUUGGGGUUCCAUCUUAUUGUGUCAUACAUACAGCUGUGAUAGCAGAAACUGGUGCUGAUCAGACUAAAUACCUCAUCUAUCAAUACUUGGUCAGUCCAUCUGUCUUUUCAUCAAUAAUUGACCAUCUUGCAUCUCAAUGUCUGGUGGAUUCUGUGAAAUGGCUGUAAGAUAUGAUAAUGAAACAAUAUACAGCAAGUCGAUGAGAUGGUAUUGAAUUCAUGUCCGUCGUCGUUAAGUUUUGGUUGCCCAUUACAGGGAGUGGGCCAGAAAAGCUCACUUUUUCCUCAGAAGUAUCUCUGAGUCUUUGCAACACAAUCUGCACACAGAAGGGAAAAAAACAGACAACUUAUCUGUUGUGCUCAUUUUGACAGUGAAAUCAUAAAAAUGCUACGUAUGCACUGGAUAUCUAACACACUAAGUAGCUAUUAAUGGGUUGUUUUGUUUGCAUUAAGGGGUGCAGACUGCACGGAACUUACUAAAUCCCAUGAAAUUCACCCCUGAGUUUACAUAAAAAUUUCCACUGAGUUUACUUUUACGUGCAAAUUUAGGGUUGGCCUUGUUGCUUUGUAAAUUUUACGGGACUGACCCCAGAUUGAGGAUAUAUUGGAUGUUUUUAAUGGGUGUGUGUAUGUAUGUCUGCAUGAACUGAAGCAGCUUCAAGGUUAAAAACCCUCUUCAACCAUGCAGAAAGUGGUGGUGGCCAACACGCAACUCGGACAUUAGUCUUUGCAACCACUAGUGACCUUAUGUCUGCAUCUUUUUAAUGCUAAUUCAGCUGUACCAAUACUGAGCAAAUACAUGAAGCACAGUUUUUUGUGAAAUGCUCAUUAACUGACACAUUGAGAUAUGUGUGUAGCUUCUUGUGAUGUUGAAUUCAUUGAUUUUGUGCCUUAUUUUUCUAAUUUGAGGCAAACGUUCUGUUUAUUUUUUGAGUGUUUUGUCCCUCACUGUGUCCCUGACCCUGAAAGUCACAUGUACUCUAUAAUUUUUUUUUUCUGUGGGUGGGAAUAAAUAUAAUUAUGACAUUUUGCA